AUGGCGGCGGCGUUCAGGGUCCUUCGUGUCCUGCUCGGGCUCUUCUUCCUGCUGACCGGCGCCGUCAAGCUCACGGAGCAGCUCUCGGCUGACGUGCACCGGCACAUGUCGCAGUUCGUGCGCUUUGCCGAGGUCUUUCCCCUGAAGGAUUUGGGGUUCACGCCAGAGCCAGGCCAGUACCUGGCAGUGGUAGGCUGGGUGGAGGUGGUGGCUGGGCUGCUGCUGGCAUUCGGGCCCCAGCUCCUGCAGGAGAUCAGCAACUUCAUCCUCAGUGUCAUCAUGAUCGGUGCCAUCUACACGCUGCUGGUACUGCGUGAGCCCCUGGCUAUGUGUGCCCCUGCCACCCUCUGCCUCGGCCUCCUGCUGCUCCUCAACAUCCGCGGAUAUGGGCCCCCCUCGAAGCCCAAGUUUGAGUGACGGGAGGCAGGAUGGAUGGCUGGGGUGGAAGGGUGGCAGGACACAUGGCAGGACAGUUGGCUCAGCUAAAAGGGGGAGAUGCCCUUACAGAAUUUUCUAGGACGGCAUCGUAUCCUGUGAGGUAACCUGGGACUGGUGUGUGGUGUGUCCUCUCCUGCCACUGCCAGGGAUCCUGGAGCUGGUUGUCCCCACGCCGUGUGACCCAGGCUGGUGCUGUGGGACUGCUGGGGCUGCUGCACCACCGUGGCACUGCCACCAGUCUGGCAGCUCUGUUGUUAAACCUGCACAAGGUGACCAGCUCUUCCUGGUGCUUGGCCGGGCUGGGGCUGGCUCUG